AAAAGUAGAAAAAGAAAGUUUGUGUGUUCUUAAAAAUUUUUUCUUCCUUAUUUUUUUGUUUUUUAAAUAAUUCUUCUUCGAUUCGGGUGGAUUGUUAGAAAAAUUUCCACGAAAAGAAAAUCGAAUAUUCAAUAUGUCCGAAAUUUCGAAUGUCAAUCACGUCAUAUCACCAACGCUAUUAAAAUCGCCCACAAUUGCGACAUCAAUAGCGGUCUCAUCAACGUCAUCAGCAUCAGCUUCCAACACAAUAGCAACGAUAAAUCCGACAUUAGCAUCAUCAGCGUCAACAAUCACUCGAGCAUCAGGAACAACGCCAACGACCAUGCUGAAUGGUCAUGUGGGCACGCAGUUUAAUUCAAAAUCCAAUUUUGAAGAUUAUUCAAGCAGCAAUGAAGCAAAUUAUAUACCUAUACCACAGUUUUAUGCGGGACGCAGUGUAUUCAUAACCGGAGGCACUGGUUUUAUGGGAAAGGUACUGGUUGAAAAAUUAUUACGCUCUUGUCCAGAUAUAAAAAAUAUUUAUUUAUUGAUACGACCUAAACGUGGACAAGAUGUAUCGGAUCGUUUAAAUGAAAUGUUAAAUGCGCCGCUGUUCGAAAAAUUGGGAAGAGAAAAUCCUAAAGAAUUAUGUAAAGUUAUACCUAUAGGAGGUGAUAUAACGUCCGAGCAAUUGGGCAUAUCCGAAAGUGAUCAGGCUUUACUAUGUCGCACUGUAUCGAUUGUAUUCCAUUCAGCUGCCACAGUUAAGUUCGAUGAAAAGCUCAAAUUAUCAGUUACAAUUAAUAUGCUUGGGACAAAACGUUUGGUGGAAUUAUGCCAUCGUAUGAUGUUCUUAGAAGCGCUUAUACAUGUCUCCACUGCCUAUUGCAAUUGCGAUAGAACCGAUGUUCAAGAAGUUAUAUAUGCACCGCCGUACAAUCCCGAUGAUAUCAUUUCUUUAAUCAAUUGGCUUCCUGAAGACAUGCUUGAUCAGCUUACACCCUCGCUUAUUGGUAAACGUCCCAAUACCUACACCUUUACAAAAGCCUUAGCGGAACAUAUGCUACUAAAAGAAGCCGGUAAUCUACCAGUAGCCAUAGUGAGGCCAUCCAUAGUAAUUGCCAGUUUAAAUGAACCUCUUGCUGGCUGGAUUGAUAAUUUUAAUGGUCCAACUGGUUUAUUGUCUGCCUUAGCUAAAGGUUUAUUUCGGUCAAUAGUAUGCGAACCAAAUUAUGUAGCCGAUGUGGUACCUGUAGAUAUUGUGAUUAAUUUAAUGAUUGCGGCUGCAUGGCGCAAAGCAACCCAUAAAACUGAUAACUUUUCCAUUUACAAUUGUUGUACUGGACAACGACAUCCCAUAAAAUGGGGUGAAUUUGUUAACCAUACAUUAUCAAUGGUGCGCAAGCAUCCGUUGGAAAGUUGUGUUUGGUAUCCGUCAGGCGUACUGCGUAGGAGUACUACCUUAAAUACUAUAUAUGGAAUUUUUGUACAUUAUAUACCGGCCUAUUUACUAGAUGCUUUGGCACGUCUUAUGGGUAAAAAGCCAUUUGUUGUGAAAAUCCAACAUAAACUUUAUAAAGCCGUCGAAUGCUUAAAUUAUUUUGCGGUAAAUCAAUGGGAAUUCAAAGACGAUAACGUGCACGCAUUGUUCCAUACCUUAAGUCCAAAAGAUCGCAAUAACUUUUUAUUUGAUGUAACUAAUAUCGAUUGGCUGAAAUAUGUGGAGCAAUAUGUCUUAGGCUUGAGACAAUUUCUUUUUAAGCAAAGGCCGGAAUCAUUGCCCGCUAGUCGAAAACGCAUGACUAGAUUAUAUUAUUUGCAUCUAUUGUCGAAACUGGUGGUAGUCAUGUGCACAUGGCGUUUCUUAAUGAAACGUUCGAAACGCUUGAAUGCCUUAUGGACGGCAUUUUUACAAUAUAUUACCAAAUUUUUACGUCUAAUACCAUUUUUGUAAUAUUCUUUUGUAUGCGUAUGAGUAAGUGAGCUCACUGUAUGGCGUACGUUAUACACAGGCUUACAAUUUGCUACUAAUCUUCGCGUGUUUGCUUUUCUUUUUCUUUUUUUUUUUUUAUUUAUUUUUGAACUUUGACAAAUAAUUAAGAACUAAUAU